AAGACGCGUAGUCGACACAAUGAAGCUCACUCCAGAGCUUCUAGCGCAGGCGCAAUCGUACAUCAACGCUGUUAAGGAAAGAGAACUCGACCUUCGAGGCUUUAAAAUCCCUGCAAUCGAAAACCUGGGUGUUACUAGGGAUCAACACGAUGCUAUAGAUUUUACAGAUAAUGCUAUCAUUACAUUGGGCAAUCUGCCCCUCCUCAGGCGCUUACGAACCCUCCUGCUUGCGAACAACAGAAUACAAACGAUAUCGCCUUCGAUUCACCUUUCCGUCCCUAACCUGACUCUGCUAGUCCUCACCAACAACAACAUUUCCGAACUGGGAGAUCUCGAGCCCUUGAAGGAACUCAAACACCUGACCUUCCUCUCCCUGGUCGGCAAUCCCGUCCAAGAGAAAAAAUACUACCGCGAAUGGCUUGCAUACAGAAUCCCUAGUCUCCGCGUUCUCGAUUUCCAGAAGAUUCGUGACAAGGAACGAAACGCAGCCAAGUCAUUAUUCCUGACUGCCGACAAGCUGCCUACUGCUCUUGCGACCACCAUUUCAACAACCGUCACUACCACCACAGGCAAACUCAGCCUCACUAUCGAUGAGCCCAAGGCAGCCCCAGUCAAGGCCGGUCGAUUGAUGUCGAAGGCCGAUCAAGAGAAGGUCAAGGCCGCUAUCGCAAAGGCCACCUCGAUAGAAGAAGUGCGACGCUUGGAGAGAAGCCUACGGGAAGGCUACCUCCCAGACUUGGAUUCCGUAGGCGCUUGAAAUUCUCUUCGUUUGUUAAUCUUUCGAUGUAAUACUGUACAAUCAUAUUCACGCU